AUGUCUGUCACUUGUAAAUUCCAAAAUCAUUGUGUCAAUUUGAGGCUGAACACAGUUCUAAUUGCAGGAUCAACUAAGCUGGGUUGGCGACUUGCUAUAGCGAUUUCAGCAGGAGUAGGUGGACUUGCUCUAAUCUCGAUUUUGAUUAUUUAUAUAUUCAAAGCGAGAAGAGCAAAUCAUGAUCACGAUCUUCAAUCCUUCAUGAGAAACUGGGGCUCUUUGGCACCAAAGAAAUACAGUUAUUCAGAAGUGAAAAGAAUGACAAAAUCAUUUUCAAACAAAUUGGGCGAAGGAGGGUAUGGCGUUGUAUACAAAGCAAGCCUACCUGAUGGUCGUCCUGUCGCAGUUAAAGUAAUAAGGGAAUCUAAAGGAAGUGGAGGAGAAUUUAUAAAUGAAGUUGCAAGUAUCAGCAGAACCUCCCAUAUCAACAUAGUCACUCUCCUGGGAUUUUGUUAUGAAAGGAACAAAAGAGUAUUAAUCUAUGAAUACUUGUCAAACGGUUCCUUGGAUAAUUUCAUCUAUCAAAGAGGGUCUUCAAAUGCUCUCUGCUCUUUGGAGUGGAAGGUAUUGUACCAAGUUGCUAUUGGCAUUGCUCGUGGACUGGAGUACUUGCAUCGGGGUUGUAACACAAGAAUUUUGCAUCUUGAUAUCAAACCCCAAAACAUUCUCUUGGAUGAAGAAUUUUCCCCAAAAAUAUCCGAUUUUGGAUUGGCUAAAUUAUGUCAAAAGAAGGAGAGUAUUGUGUCAAUACUAGGCACAAGAGGAACAAUAGGGUUCAUUGCACCAGAAAUAUUCAUUAGAGCAUUUGGCGGUGUUUCUUACAAAGCAGAUGUUUAUAGCUAUGGCAUGUUGGUCCUUGAAAUGGUUGGAGGAAGGAAGAACUACGACAGUGGAGGAUCACAAGCUGAUGAGCAGUAUUUUCCAGAUUGGAUUUAUAAGGAUCUUGAGCAUGGUAAGCAUCCAGCUAGUUCUUUAGUAAUCACAGAGGAAGAUGAUGAGGUGGUAAAGAAGAUGACUUUAGUGAGUCUAUGGUGUGUUCAGACAAAUCCAUCAGAUAGACCAGUUAUGAGUAAAGUGGUAGAAAUGUUAGAAGGACCCCUUCAAUCCUUAACGGUUCCUCCAAAGCCAUCCCUUGAAUAUCCUACAAAAUCAUCAGCAGUUAUACAAUUGUCAAAUGCAUCUUCUGAAGACAUGAUUCAUACAGUUUCAAUAAGCAGUUGACUUGUCUACUCUACCUACUGCCAAAGACAAUUUAACUUUGAAUUGUCUUGGAAGAUUCAUGGAUAAUUGCCAACUAUUGCUUUCCUUUAUCUUUGUUCAUGCAAGUAUGUGGGUCAA